AGCGACUGUUGUCAAAAGGCAGGACGGAGUAACGCUGCAGGCACCGAGGAGCGAGUCCGGCGACUAGUUGCAUGUCUGUCUCACGGCUUUUUUAAACUUAAGAAUCGCGCGAACAUUUUGUUUUUAUAGUUGAAUCGAAAGGUUUGAAUGACGUUCGCGUUCAAAGGUGGUUAACGAUAGUUUUGAUUUGAAUUCACCAUUGUAUGCAGCCUAGCUUCCAGGACUAAACUAACGCCGGGUUAACAAUAGUUUGACCCUUGCAGGAAAUUAUCGUUACUUCGACUGCUUGAGAGGUUUUUUUGUUUUUUUUAAAAGUCUAUUUUUAAAGACGCCGAAGAGCACUUUUGUUCCAAAAUGAGUGCAGCUAUCGCGAAGCCGGCGAAUCCGUCGACACAUGUCGACCCGAAAUCGGCUCCUCUGAAGGAAAUCCCAGAAGUCCUGGUUGACCCACGCACCAUGAGGCGAUACGCGAGGGGAAGGUUCCUCGGAAAAGGUGGCUUCGCCAAGUGCUACGAGAUCACGGACGCGGAGACGAAGCAGGUUUUCGCCGGGAAAAUCGUGCCCAAGUCCCUGAUUCUGAAGCAGCACCAGAGGGAGAAGAUGACCUCCGAGAUCGCCAUCCACAAGAGCCUCAACCACGCCAACGUCGUCGGUUUCCAUGGCUUUUUCGAAGACGACGACUUUGUCUUCGUUGUGCUGGAAAUCUGCAGGAGAAGGUCCCUGUUGGAGUUGCACAAGCGUCGUAAGGCUGUGACCGAGCCCGAGGCCCGCUACUACAUGACUCAGCUGCUCCACGGAGUCCAGUACCUGCACAACAACAAAGUCAUCCACAGGGACCUGAAGCUGGGCAACAUCUUCCUCAAUGAUGAAAUGGAGGUCAAGAUAGGGGACUUUGGUUUGGCCACCAAGAUCGAGUUUGACGGCGAGAGGAAGAAGACCCUGUGUGGAACGCCGAACUACAUCGCACCCGAGGUGCUUUGUAAGAAAGGCCACAGCUAUGAAGUGGACGUCUGGUCGCUGGGGUGCAUAUUGUACACUUUGUUGGUGGGUAAACCCCCGUUUGAGACCUCCUGUCUGAAGGAGACCUACAAUCGCAUCAAGAAGAACAACUACACCAUCCCCUGGCACAUCAACCCUCUGGCGACCUCUCUCAUCAAGCGGAUGCUGCACGCGGAUCCCGCCCAAAGGCCGACCAUCGCUGAGUUGCAAGCCGACGAGUACUUCACAACCGGCUACAUCCCCACACGCCUGCCCACCACAUGCCUCACCGUGCCCCCGCGCUUCUCCAUCGCCCCCUCCACGGCCGCAGAGCUCAACCAGAGACGCCCCCUGACGGCCAUUAACAACAAAGCCGGGACAGAGAAGGUGGCCGUGAAGGACGAGCCGCUGCAAAGGGAGCCUGAGCCAGCAGAGUGCCACCUGAAAGACCUGCUGCAGCAGCUCAACAGCAUCAACGCCGCCAAGCCGUCCGAGAAGGCGGUCGUCUGCCAAGAAGAGGCGGAGGAUCCUGCGUGUAUUCCCAUCUUCUGGAUCAGCAAAUGGGUCGACUACUCUGACAAAUAUGGAUUAGGCUACCAGCUGUGUGACAACAGCGUGGGCGUGCUCUUCAACGAUUACACGCGGCUCAUCAUGUACACCGACGGAGACAGUCUGCAGUACAUCGACAAGGCGGCAGCUGAAUCGUACCUCAGCGUGCGCUCCUUCCCCCCCGCGCUCAACAAGAAGAUAACGCUGCUGAAAUACUUCCGCAACUACAUGAGCGAGCACCUGCUGAAGGCCGGCGCCAACAUGGCUCGGCGGGACGGCGACGAGCUGGCGCGGCUGCCUUACCUCUCCCUGUGGUUCCGCACCAAGAGCGCCAUCGUCCUGCACCUCUCCAACGGCACCGUCCAGAUCAACUUCUUCCAGGAUCACACCAAGCUGAUCCUGUGCCCGCUGAUGGGCGCGGUGACCUACAUCGACGAGAAGCGAGAGUUCCGCACCUACAAGCUCUCUCUGCUGGAGGAGUUCGGCUGCUGCAAGGAGCUGGCCAGCCGCAUGCGCUACGGCAAGCUCAUGGUUGAGAAACUGCUGGACAGCAAGCCUUCCUCCACCGCACAUUAGACCAGAUCACUCCACGGUCCUUGAUCUGUCUCCCCCCUCCCCCCUCCCCCAAUCAUCGGCCACUGCUCCUGUCUGCCAGCCGUUCGGACGACUCUUAAAUUCUCCCAUAUUUUAUUGAAGGGUCACAGUGUACCGAUUUUUGCAGCCGCGCCAUGAAAAUGAAUUCCCUUGUUGUACAUUAUUGUUCUCUAAGCCACUGACUCUUGUCCUUUUUCUUCCUGCUGUUUAUAAACUUCUUGACUUUCUUGGUGAAACUGAAUCUUGACAAACGCGUUCUCGCUGACGUAAUCGAACACGACUGCAGACGAGUUGACUCUGCACGUUCAGAUGAGACGAGGAGGGAAAGACGCAUGUCGGGUGUUCAAAUUCCCCGAUUGCUCGUUUGAUUUGUUCACACAUCAGUCGUGCUUUUAAACCCUAAAAGCCGGGUGGACGAAUGAGAACGGCUCUCUGGUCUGGUUCUUUUUUUAUGUGUUGUAUGUAGAGAUGGACCAUGUUAAUACGUCUUCAUCAUGCACAUUCUCCCUGUAGUAACUUUUACACUUUUUAUAUAAGUCUAUUUUAGAUGUCUUGUCUUUCUCUACAAGAUGUGCAAACGUGUACAUACUGGUGAAUAUGCAUACAUGUUGUAAAGAUGGUUUGAAUAAAGAUUCUCUUGAACUU